GGCCAGCUUCACAAGGCCGAUGAGAAGGUCUGUGCUGAGGCUGCGCUCGUGGGCCUGAAUACACAUGGACACAUACAAAGCAGAUGUGACCCACACGGUUACCGCCUCUUUCUUUUCGUUGUGGGUGACGGACCGCAUGUGUGCAUACCUCAUCAAUGAUCACGACUCCAUAGUCGUCGAGGUUCUUGUUUGCCAGGCAGUAGUUGACGAGAGAUGAAUCGGUGGUGAAGUGGGCAAUGGGUGGGCGACCCGAUGUCACUCUGCAUCCAGGGAACUUGGGCACUGUGAUGGAUUGCGGACUGCCGUACUCAUCCCCUACUCGCUUGGCCAACAUUGAGGCAGCUAUCUUCCUGCAUACACGCAUACAGACAGACAGACACCCAGGCACAGGCACAUACACACUGACAAGGCGUUCUUGUGCCGCGAUGCCGCGCUGCGCUGGUACUGACCUUGGCUGUGUGCAAACGACCAUCUUGGUGCCCGGGGUCAGCCCAAAUCUCUCUGCGCUCUCGGACACGUACUGAAUGAUCUGCGUGCUCUUGCCGGACCCCGUCUGUGCUGUCACGAUGACCACAGGGUGCCUCUCAAUCGCCUCCAGCAGCACGCUGCGCUUGCUGUAAAUGGGCAGACGAUUGUCUGCGGUGGUGCGGAAGUCGAGGCACUUGAGCCGACGGCUGAACUCCAUCUUGUGCAUGUCACUCUGGAAAGGGAGGAGCUGCUUGAUCUCUUGCGCCUCGAUAUCUACUUGUUGCUGAGCCUCCUGCAGCGCCUUCUGCUCAUCCAGAAGCGCUUCAAUCGUCUUGUCCACCUUGUCUGCACACAACCAGAUGUAUCUAUCAAUGGCAGUCAUCUGACCACCUUCCCUUUCCUCUGCUGCCUACCUGUGUUGUAGUCAGGGUCGUCAUCUAUCUGUUCCUCCUUCCGAAGCUCGUUCUCCACAUCUUGCUGCACCGCUGCCAGACGUGCUCCCAGCUGGGGCUUGCAAUUGUCCUGGCAUCGCUCCAGCUUGGCGACCUCCGGCGGCACAAUGGGCUGCGGUGGAGGCGGCCGCGCUUGACGUGGGCGGAGUGGGGCGGGAGCCGCGUUGCUCGCACUGCCAUCGUGACCGUUCCCGAGUGGAGAAGGUGGUGGUGGGGGUGGCCGUCGAGCACCCGAGGCAGUUGGGAGUUGGGGAUGCAGGAACCCACACUUGUGACCCCUGGUGCAGCGGUUGUUGAGAAAGAAGUUGCAGACGAUGGAUGUGUCGUGAAGGAAAGGACAGGGAUCUCUCGUGCAUGCUCCCACGGCGUUGAACUGGCAUAUCUUGACGUGACGGAAAGCGCACCUAUCGUUGCGGUAGCCGCUGGGGAGCUGAUGGAACUUGCAGAUGGCGGCCUGGGGAGCCAUGGUGGGGGAGCAGAGAAGAUGGAGGUCAACCUGGGGUCAACCAAGGAAGGUCGCGACGCCAGUUGGUUCGUUCGUG